AUGAAACAUGAUACACUGAAUGCAAAGCUAGAACAAGACUACUAUCCGAACCCAUCCUGGAAGAAUUGUACUCCCUACAACGAUUUUGUGUUCGUUAAAACUUCUAAAACAGGAGGCAGCACAGUUGGUGCCUUGCUUUACAGAUACGGUAUUAAGCAUAAUCUGACAGCUGCACUUCCAGACCCACUGACAAGUAUGAUGUUACAUAUCACUCAGUAUAAAGUACACGUUACAGAAUAUCCAUGUAGCAAAACCUUUGCAGGAUACAAUUAUAUUGCGCAUCACAUGCACAAGUACAACCACAAAUUGCUGAAAGGUUUAAUACCAAACGCUAAAUUUGUAACUAUCAUUCGUUUACCAUUUAAACAGUUGGAAUCACGGUUUUAUUUCGAACACUUUGACAAAAAGUUUGCACUGCAAAACUACACCAACCCCCUGGAAACUUUUCUAACGAGCAGUACGUAUCAUCAAUUUCUCGAUAGUGUAAUCUACUCCAGGGUUCAACGCUGGUUUAGUAUGACUUCUGAUCACGGGUUGAUGGAGUUAGAUAAAGAAUUUGAUUUAGUCAUGAUAACAGAGUAUAUGGAUGAAUCUCUCGUGUUAUUGAAACAGAUGAUGUGUUGGACAUUUGAUGACGUCAUAUAUCAUUCAAACAAAGUAUCCACAAGAGAACGGCAACCUAUGACGAGGCCAAUGGAAAGAGUGCUUUCCGAAAUAUUAGUCGAAGAUGUCACUGUAUAUAAACACUUUAACAUGACACUGUGGCGUAAGAUAGAUAACUAUGACGGCGACUUUGACAACGAUUUACGUUUACUUCGUGCUCGGCGGGCAGAGAUUACCAGCAUGUGUGAGCGCGAAAACAAUGCACAAGAACAUGUUUGUAAAUUUCUCAGCUAUGAUGUUCAUCAUUGUAAAAAAAUAGCUGAAAAAACGCAAUUUGAAAGAUUAUGUGGCAAACAUCGCAAUUGA